UAAGUUUUUUUUUAUACACAUGUUGCAAAGUUUAAAAAAUUUGCUGUAGUUGAAUUUCUUGAUGAAAAAAAAAAAAAAGCAUGUGUGCCAUAGACGUUAUCUGUUUAUCAUGGCUGAUCAAUGAAAGUUUAGUGUGUUGGCCAAAUCACUUGAGAUCAUUUCGCCUUUUAACUGCCAUACGCGAAGUAACACUUACUCCUGUAAGUAACUGGAUACAGCUAAAAAUAAGAGUUCUUUAUUAUUCUGACAGUUAUGAAACUGCUGUAGAACAAAUGGAAAUGUUAGAGUUCACAUCAAGCGUUGAAACAGCUGCUGAUAGCGAUGAAAAAUUGUCCAUGCCACCAGCUAAAAAGUUAGCAGUUUGUAAUACAAUUGACACUGAGGAGACAUAUCCAUCAGUUUCCCCAAGAUUGAAGAAAUCUUUUAAUUGCCAAAAUAUUUUACAACCCACAACUGUUCGAUAUAUUGAGUCAUUUAGUUCGAAUCGUUCUCUACUGAUAUUUUCCUCUUCUGAUCAGAGCUUGGCAGCUGUUGUGGCUGCUUUAGGCACCCGAUUUCCUGCAUUUGAGAAGAAAAGUUUAGAGUUGCUUGUCAGUAUUCAAUAUGAUUUGAAAAAGUUAAACACUUGCCUAAUCCAUUUAGAAAAAGGUUUAGUGUUUCCUUCUGUUAGCAAUCAGAGCAUAGCAGGACCAUCCCCAUCAGUUAAAUGGAAUUAUUUGCCUGUUAAAGAGGAAAAAGAACUUCUAGACCUGGAUGAAAAAUUUCGGAACAAAGAUAAAAAUAAAUAUGAACUUCCUUGCAUCGGUUGGAGGCGACGAUUACAAGCAACUUACCACAGCUUAAAACAACUAAUGGCUAAAAAAGUAUGCUUAUUAUACUCUAUGUAUGGCAGGAAACAAAAGAAAUCAUUUUCGCCUCUUACAAGGUGCAAGGUGGUUAUAGCUGCCAUAAAAAAAAUUUGAAAACGCUAAUGACAAAAGCAUUAAAGAAAGAAUCGGCAGCUUUCUGGCAACGGCCAUUGAUAGAGAAGGCGGAAGAAAGAAUAGAACCGCAAUUGAGCAAAGCCCACUAUUGAGCGAUGAAAAUGAAUGUCGCCAAGAUAAUGAAAAUCAAUGCCCACUAUCUGAUAGUGAGAGUGUAACGCUGUAAUAUAUAUAUAUAUAUAUAUA